CCUCACUGGAUCAGACGCCGUCACGUGACACCCCUCCUUCCCUCCCCCUCCAUCGCAUCCACGAUCUCCACUUCCCCUCUGCUCGCCAACCGGAAUCAGCUGAGAGCCCAUGUCUCAGCCCGCCUUUUUGUCUCGCCAUGCCUUUGAGGUCAUACGGACGGAAUCAGACGUGUACUUCAAACCUGCACCCAGACGUUGUUGUCCACGACGGUCAAGUCGCCUGUCACCGCCGUCACCUCCGUCACCGCCGUCUUCGCCGUUGGUCACCGUUGGUCUCGGUCACGGGCGGGACGGGGCUGUCUGCUGGCCAGCUCAGAGGCUCCUGUCCGAGAUCGGACGGCGACCGCUGGUGCUGGGCUCAAGGCGCUGUGGUGUGGUGUACAGUAAACGGCUGGGCCAGGAGAGCAAGGGCUCUCCCGGUCACCCGCACCCAUCCGUGCCCCGCAGUCCGAUCGGACCAAGCCCGUCCCUGCAAUCUGGAGCCGAUGUUUACGUCUUCAAUAUUCUAUGCGCAUACAUAUCGUCCGGGGUCGUGGGGGUGCGAGAGGUUGACCACGCCCGACAUGUUGUUUGUUCGGUGCUGUAUGCUGCCGGCCGCAACGAGAGGUUGGUCGACAAGCCGCAGUAUCUUGCCUCUCGCCCUCCCGCGCUGUCCAAGCGUUGCUGUCUCUUGUUGACUGGCUGUCGUCCGAACAGCACACGCAGACGGGAAGGGCCACAGCCUUUCCUCCCAACCCCUCACCCACUCGGCACGAUUCCGGUCACGCUAGGCGAGGUCGCACAGGAGCAUGUACAGGUAUCUGCGUGUCAAUGGCCCCUCGUAGUGCGUGCACAAAAACACAAGCGCCGUCGACGGGCUGCUAAUCUGGUGCACAGUGAUCCGCACCUCGGCUCUUUGAGCUGGUCUCCUGAGGUGUCGGGUGCCUGCUGUCUGCUGUAAACGAUUUAGUUUCAUGAUCCACAUCCCCGUCACCCUCACUCCAUAUCCUCCCCUCCCCCGGGGAUUUGCUGCGUCUAGGGCGCUGCGGGCGACAACGACGCCUCACUCGAGCUGCAACCAGCCGCGGUGCCACCCUCCCAUACCGCGGCCUCGUCUGGAGCAGUGGCCCUGCGGUGUGCGUUUGUCUCGCACCUCGGGCUCAGGGGGGGGUCGGCCGCAAGUGCUACACGACAGGCAUGCACAGGGUCCCCCUCCAGGCAGGCGGGUGCACGCAGGUCAAAUCCCUCCCCUCCCGCAUUGCCGUUUUGUGGCAGUGGACAGAUCAUAGGGCCGCCCGCCGCAACGCCCGCGUUGUUGGCCUUGAUGCCCCUUGCGACGUCUUACUACCACCCACCGUGUGUGUGUGCCACCAAGUGCUACCGUGAAACAGCAAACGCGCAUGCAAAAACCAGCCCGUUCUAUUGGGGCCAGCAGAUGCCGCCUCUGCAGCCUCCCAUUCCCCGGACACCGUUUGACCUACCUCCCAGGCCGAAUCCGUCCGGCCAGUUGUCUGCUGAUGGCGUCACGGACCACGCCAUGACUUUCUCUCACCCACAUUCCUCUCUCCCCCUCUCGUGCCGAAUUCAUUCCAUCUCAGCCGAGCCGAGGGCUUCCCCCGGGAAGCACCCACCCGGGACCAAUAUGCCGGAGGUCUCCGGUCGGAGAGGGGGGGCGGGGGCGGGGACCGGGGAAUCUCUCCGGGGGUCGCGAAAACAGGUCCAUGAAUGGGGGUGAUGUUCUGCAUGUCUCGGAAACCCGCCGCGCUUUCUAUCCGAUAUCGAAGGAAGACGAGGGUAAAAGAUUACGCCAUAAAGGAUGGAGCGAGCAGGGAAAGGAUUGAGGUGCAGAUCCCUAAAGCUAUCAGGAGCCCUAGCUAGGAACAAAAAACAUAACGGCACACUCUACAGGUUGUUACAUACAUAUUUAGAGCUAGCUGGACCAGGUGAGAUAUUCACGACGUGUCACUGGCUCGAACGGAGCCGUGACAGAAUGAAAUGAGUGGCAUGCUGCAUGCCGAACCAGAAGAAUGCCCCGAAAAGAGGAGACCCCCAAGGCGACCCGCCACCCUUUUUCAAU